AUAUGAGAAUGAAUUACAAACAUUACUGUAUGGCCGGCAAUAUGUGGACAAACAUAUGACUGAAUACGUGAAUAGUAUUCAACUCUUACUGACAGUCGAUAGCAAUGCUUUUCUAAACACUAAACAAAAGCUCAAUAAUAGACUGUGUUAUCGAAAGUUUGUCGAUGUUUAUAGCAAACAUUGCUUCAAUUUUAAUCAGAAUUUAUACGCUUUCCAUAAGUUAUGGGUAUUUGUGAAUAUAUGCGAGACAUUGAAUACAGUGUCCGAACACUCGGAUUAUGAAACCUUUGCCUUAAAUAGACUCAAAGAAUCGGUACUGAGCACACUUACGGGCGAAAGUAAUGCCUUCGAAGAGGACUUA